AUAAUUGGUAACUUUUUAGGCAACAUUAACUGGACUUAUAGAGGAGAUCUGGAAUGGAUCUUUGAGAAACACAAUAACAGUGCAUCCAGCAAAGAAUAACAAUGUUUCACGUGGAUAAUAACUGCCACGCAAAACUUAGUGGACAAAAGAUGAAACAAAAGUUAAAGGGUAAUAUAUAGGAGGUCCUCUAAAUAUAAGAAGUUACUAGAAGGAUAUGUGUGCGAAGAAAAGGAAACCAGUUGCAUUUGAAAAUUUUGGAAGCCACUAAUAAAUAGUAACUCAAAAUUUUGGCUUUUAUAUAUUAAUUAAUAUAUUAAAUAAUAAUUUUUACACCUUUUUUACUCACUGCUUUCACCAAAUGCUAUUAUAGCCCAAUGGCAACCUUUUUUUUACUGACACAUAGAUAAUGCAUUACGUGAGGAAGUUAGAACAUGUGAAGAAAUAGUUGCUCCAAAUAAUUAGAAUUUGUUGGAAGAAAUUUAAUUAUAAAUUUUAUACCACAUAGUAACAUAUCUCUCAAACUUAAGCCAGUCAUAUUGUAUUAGAGUUUUUAUAUAUAAAAAAAUUGUAUUAGAGUUUGGGCCAUCUGGUUGAGAAUCUUGACAUGGUAUUAGAACUUUCUAUGACCGGUAGCUAAUCUGUUCGAGUUCUACAACCUCAUUCUCGGGCUGUGCAAACUUCAAACUUAUAUAAGUAGCUUGAGUUUAAGGGACAUGUUAGUAUGUAGUAUAAGAUUGAUCAUUCAACCUCUCCCAAUAAUUAUGGUGCGUUUGGAUAGGUGUAUUUCAAAUGUAAAGUAUUUGAAAUACAUGUAAUUCAAAUUUGUCGUUUGGAUACUUAUUUGUAUUUGUUCUAUUUCAAAUUUUGUGAUUUUUCAUUUUUAUUUUGAAUUUUCUAAGCACUUAUUAUAAAUUUCGGUAAAUUUAAUUUUUUCCUAUUGUUUAGUACCUAAACUUAUAACAUUUUACAAAGAAGUCCAGAAAAUUUGAUGGUGAAAUUAUGUCUUGGUACCUUUAUAUGUUUUUCCUCACACUAGAGUAUCUAAACUUUUUAAAUUUUAACAAAUAGGUCCAAUCUUUUGGUAGGAGGAGGUAUUUUCAAAUCACUAGUUGUUGAAAUGUAUUUGAAGUUGACAAGUAAUACACAAGACAUGUAUUUGGAAAAUACUCCGUGAAUUUGACACACAUUCAAAUACCAAACGUAAUGAAUAUCCCAACAAAUUAUUUGACAAUAGAAAAUCUAAAUCACAAAUACCAAAUUGAAAUCAUUCUAUCCAAACACAUCUUUAGAGUUAGUUGGAAUUUAACAUGAUAUUAAAACCUUAUGUAAUCGAUAGGCGUUAUGUUAAAAUCUCGUAAGUACAUAGUGAUUUUCAAUGAGAGAGCCAACUUGGGAAUGGAAUCUGCUGAAAGCCGGAUGCGGCAUCGAUGUUUCCGCUUUACGUACGUCGAAAUAGAUGAGACCAAUUAGCUAGCUAGGCAGAUCCAUAACCUAAAAUUCCUUAGGCUUGGAUUUUCUUGCAAUUAGUUUAUUAUGAAGAUGAGAAUGGUGUCCAUCCCAUUCCUAAGAUAUAUAAUAUUUAUUCAAGCAACAAAAUUCAUCCAUCUCAAUUCUCACAUCAAUAUAAAGCUAGCCCGCUUCCAUUCAGAACACAUAUUAACUUUGCUAACCACGAGAGAGAGAGAGAGAGGCGUGCAGGUUGGUCGCUUGGAUGCUGGAAUGGCCACAGUGCUGCUGUCGUCGCUAAUUCUGACAAUGAUCAACGGAUGCUUCGACGGGGGUGUAACUAUCUCUGCUGAAGCUGCCCUCGAUCCUAUGUGCGCUGCUUCCAACCAGUGGUUCUGUAGUCCGACCGACCUCGGUAUCUCAGGCGCGCAGGAGGCAGUAUUAUCGUUACUCCUCACCACGGUAGAGUGCAAGCCGAUGUACAACAAUCAUCAUUCUCCUCGACAACUAGUCGCCUUAGCCUACAUGUAUUCUUCUUGUGCUAAUGGUCCCACCUCCUGCGAUGAUUGCUUAACCAGAGCGACUCAAAAGAUGCGCGAGAAUUGCCCGGGCAAAGAUGGAGCUCAGUACGGGACGGAAGAGUGUUGUGCUAGAUAUGAGAAGAACAAAUUUUGUGGACGACCGGAGUAAAUUAUCACCCGCUAGCUGGUCAGGGUUUGUGUUGAUGAAUGCUCCUCUUUAUUCUUGUAGUUAAACCGUCGUUAUUUAAAUAAAUUCCAAAUAAUUAAUUGCUUUUUAGUGCUUUUUCAAAAUUUUAUUGAAAUAUUUUUUUCUUGAACUUACAAGAUGUCGUGUUAAAUCGAUUUCAAAAUUUGAUUACAUGGCAUGCUCUUGUGAUCGUAAUUGUAUUUUGAUUGCAAUAAGAAGUAGAAUAUAAUUCAUGAAUUAUUAAUCACCUAAUAUUUUUGUAGUUAAAUCAUUGAUUAUAUUAUUUGUGUAUAUAUGAAAAAAAUACUCGUCAAUCAAUUAAUUAUGUUUCUUCAUUAUGUCAUGGGGGGAAAUUUUCGCCGGUAUGAAACUGGGGAAAAAAUUUCAUCAACUCCAUAAUUUCAAAUCCUGACUCCGUCCUUGUAGAAGCAACAAAUAAAGGCUUCUCAUUAUAAUAUUAAAAUAAGAGAUUUAUCGGUUAGUAUACAAAUCAAUAUAUAACCCUAUUUUUUGAAAAGAAAAAUCCAUAAUCUUCACACUUUCAAACUAUUUAUUGGGUUAAUUUCACUAAAAAGGCUAAUAGUGAUAAAUGAGAAUGCUGGUAACCGCCAUUUAUAUCAUGGUAAUACUGGGCAUUAUCAUUAUCGCCAUGACUGGGGUUUCUUGAAGUAUAUAAUACAAUAUCAAAGAGUGCUCAGGAUUUGGAUAUCCCCGUAUAUAUAUAGUAAUUCAUUGAUAAUGCUUUUAUUCGGGUCAAUUGCAAUUCCGCCACCGAAGUAGUUGUGUGCAAGAUACGUAUGUAAUGUACGUGCCUGUCGAUAUGUUUUACUUUAGGGUAUCUUGCCGGAGUUUGCUACGGGAGAAGUGGCGAUGUGUGUAUGUUCCAAUGAAACUUCAUUAUUCUACAAGUAUCUUGCCGCCGGGGUUUGUAACGAGAGAAGAGGCAGCGUUUGUAGGUAGGCUGAUCAAAAACCUAACAUUCCUACGCUUGGAAUUCUGUUCGCAGUUAGUUUAUUAUGAAGAUGAGAAUGCUGUCUGUCUAUCCUACUCCUAAGAUAUAAUAUUAUUCAAGCAACCACUCUCUUAUGUAUCUGCUUAUAUACAACAUCAAGAGUGCUCAAGAUUUGGAUAUCUUGGUUAUAUAAUAAUUCGCUGAUAAUGAUGUUAUUCGGACGAAUUGGAAUUCCGGCACAGAAGUAUUUGUGUGCAAGAUACGUAUGUGUCUAUGAGAUAUGCUUUAGGGGUUGUUUGGAUAAGGAAAUUUAGAUAGGGAUUUUGCCACAAUCCUUGAUCAUGAGAGAUUUUAACAAAAUUAUGCGUUUGUG